CGUUAGUAGACGGUAGCCAGUGUCGACAGUAUGUAGGUUGCUUAUCUGUACAGCAGCUAGACGCCGACAACUCUCACGUUAGCGAUGAAGUACGGCUAAGAACAGCGAUGACAACGACACUGUGCUGGGAGAUUGACACCCGGCGAUGACGACAGCGAGGACGAUGAUGUCGCUGUCGACUAUAAUUCGAUAGUGUGCAAUUCGAAUUGCAGCGUCGGCUGACAAAUGAGGAAGCUACUGCCAGAAUGGCCACGGGCGACUCAAAACAGGGUGAAUCCAGCACAACCGGCUGCUUAAUGGACCAACUCGAUGACAUACGCGCCGAAGAGUUGGUGAGAGAAGUGCUACAUUUGCGUGAGAGUCUGCAUCAAGCUGCCGUCGCUGUUAUGAGGAGUCAGAAAAAGCUGCAGAUACAAAAGACGAAGACGAGGAGGUUGAUAGACAGCCUGCAGCGCAAUGACGCCAUUACUAGAGCGAUGAGCCUAGAACACGACAAGCAAAUGCAGGACGUCACCUCGAAGCUUAUCUUUCUCCAAUCAAAGAUCAGGAAGGAUCAAGCUGCGAUCCUAAUGCUUCUAGAAAAGAAAGACGAGAUCAUAAGCACACAGCAGCAAGAUCUGCUGCAACUGCGAAAACGCGUCGGCGCAGAGGUGCACAACGACGACGAUGACGAUGACGACGGUGACGACGACGCGUUCGAGGUGGAACCAGCGCGGUCGCCGACUCUCAGCGACAAGUACUCAGCGCAUCACGACGACUCCGGCCUCGAGAACUCAGGCGAGGGCGAGCUGCUCAGCGCUCACAGCUCCCUCUCGCGAGAGACGACAAAGUCCGUCUCGUUUUACUUCGCCGGUGAAGCGUCGAGUGGUUCGGGGUCGGGCUCGCCGAGCGGUGGCGACAGCGGCGAUAGCGCGACGGGCAGCUUGGAGCGAUGUAGUCACAAGCUGUCGCCGGUCAGCGAGGUAGAGACCCCGACUGAUGGCACGCCUCUUUGCCACGACGUCGCCGACGCCGACGCUGUCAUCACCGAGAGCAUAGAACGUUUGAAGCUCGGCUGCCGGGGGGACAAAGCAACUGCGGCGGUGGAAAAAACCGCGUGCUUGCCCAUCGACCGAGUGUCUGUGGCGAAAAACGACUUACUACCUAAAAAUGGCGGGCGGCGACCAUUGAUACACGCGCUCGCCAGUCAGGUCACCGACGACGACGCUGACGAUACUUACAUUGUCGCGAACUUCGAGCCUGGGGUGACGAGGAACAAAAGCGUGAAGACUGUGCGCGAGGUGAAGCAUCGCAAUAGGGACAAGAUGCGGGCAAAGACUCUGCCGGCAGCCGACUUCCCUAUUUACGCUACUGAAGGAAUGGUGCACUACGUGUGAAAGGGAACUAUCACUAGGUUCUUUUCUUCGAAUUAAUUUGAUUAUUUAUGUGAUUGCUGAUCAGUGUUGCCAGCUGUCUCAGCCUCUCUCUUGUUAUGACGCGCAAGCACUUAAUAUUUCUCUCUCCCUCUUUCUUGCUCCUUUUCGUGUUUUUAUUUUAUAACUGUCUAUCUAACUUGUAUAUUCACAUGUAGGGCUUUCAUCAUAGUAAUCUGCGCGUGUUGCAGGUAUUUUUGGCAGUCUAUACAUUCUUACCUUAUUAACUUAAUAAAAAACUAAACCUUAACGUGCAGACGCUAAUGUAACCAGUCAUCGUUCGGUUUUUGUUCAUUUUAAUAGUUAUAAUCGAAGAUCUGAUGCGCGUUCAUAAUCGAUGAAUUUCAAUUGACGGCGUAACUGUCUUGUAAACAGUCAUAUUUCCUCACUGUAACUUUCUUUUCUAUAGAGCCGGGCGCAUAUGGGCGAAUAACACGCUCGAUUGUGUUUCAAAACGCACAGCGAACGUAGGCAGAUGAACACAACUGUUCGCGUGCGUCACUACGCGUCGCAGACGCGUUGUCUUUUCUAGCGCAGCCUUGUCUUUUCAGGAAUCAAACAGGUUUGAUGUUUCAUGCACGAACGCCGACGCAAAGUUCGGUAGGCUCAGUCGAGACAAAUCUGUCUGCGCUCGGACUACAUACGUUUUUAUAACGCAAGCGUAGGCGUUGACGCCCUUUUGCGCCCGGGUUCAUAUAUACUGAUCUACUGAUCGAGCGUCCUAGCUAGCUUGCUACGCUAGCUAUACCCCUGUGUAGCAGAGGAUUGUGCUAACUCGUUCAGUUAAAAACGAAAACGAGAACGCUAUUAGGGCAGUAUAGUUGUACAAAACAUAUGAAAUAAUUUGCUGAUGUAUAAACGAAUGUGUUUUUGUUGGAAUAUUGUAUAUAAUGACGAGCAAGUGCGUUAACAAUGUGAUCAAGUAAAUGAAAAUAUAUUCAUGCUUAUAUUAUUUAACAAGAAUUUCCAUUUAAAUGUUAUUGCUUUAUUCUGCGCGAAAUUGUGGUAACGAUGCAACUGUCGAUAAUAGUUUCCUCUUUUUAGUUUCCUCGUCUGUGAAAAAAUAGCGGAAUUGAA